AUGCCACGAGUGCGACGGCGAGCAGUCGCCUGUGCGCGAUGUCGUACGCGAAAGGUCAUGUGCGAUGGUGCCACUCCCAGUUGCUCAAAAUGCACCGAAGCCGGCACUCCCUGUGUAGCAUCAGGGGCUUCCAGCGAGAGAACAGUUCCCCGGUCAAUAGUCCUGUUCCUGGAAGAAGAGCUGGCCAAAACAGAGGCCCUGUGCGAAGAGACAGCGAGGAAUGACGGGUGCAGUACGGAGCUCGUAGAGAAGGUCAUCAAAGAUAUGACUCCAUCCUUCUUGGGACUUAUGUCUAAAGUUCCUCUGGUACCAUGUGCUGUUGCAGGGACACGCUUGCCAUCUACUACAGACACAGCCGAUUCCAACGACAGCAAUGUUCAAUCCGAGUUUGAUCCUGAGCCGAACUGCCAGCCCUCGAGUGCGUUGCUGACGAUUCCCAUAUCGGUAGCGGACUUUCUGUUCCAUAAUUAUAUGACCAGGGUUGUUCCCAUCUAUCCAAUCUUCUAUUCCGCCGACCUGGUGGCGUACUUCAAUGCCAUCUUCCAUCCAGCAUCUCAAUCCUUGCCAACACCGCGGGAGAUCUAUGUUGUCAGCCUCAUCAUGGCUAUAUCUCUGACCACUGCUGCACGAACACAACAGGUCCGGGCAAACUCCAUUGCGAGAGCUCUUUUCAAAGAAGCGAUGCAACAGAUCCGACCGGUCUACACGAACGAUAUUGCUGGACUGCAGUCUCUUCUGUUACUAGUGCAGUAUACGUAUCUCGACCCAUCUGCUGCAAACCUAUGGCUCCUGUCUGGAUUUGCAACACAGGCAUGCAUUGACUUGGGCCUCCAUCGUGAAAGCCUUGACCAAACUGUCGAUGCUCUAUCAAAGGAUAUCCGGCGAAGGGUCUUCUGGUGCACAUACGAGAUGGAAAUCGCCAUUUCCGCAGCGCUGCUACGGCCUUCUCUGCUCUUCAGUACAGAGAUUAAUGUGCCUUUUCCAACAAAAGUAGACGACAGCUCUAUAUCGGCGUCUGGAAUUGACUUGGAUGGACCGGCAACCAAAUUCUGCUGUCGAUGGAUCUGGCAAUUUCGGCUGAUCGAGGCCGAAAUCAUCUCUGUUCUUUUUCCAUCUGGGGACCCGGUAUCUACAUCUCUUGAAUCAUGGAUGGAUGAGAUCGAGUCCAGAAUAAACCACUGGCAUCAGGAGAUCCACUGGUCUGCUUCACUGAAUACUGAUUCCACCAUGAUUUCUCAAUGGGAAGAGAUGUCUCUAUAUGCUGAUAUCGCGCGCAACUACAUCAUAGUUACCCUAUUUCGCCCCAGCCCACGAAUCCCCGAGCCAACCCCUACAAAUCUAAUGAAAGCAUUCCUGGCCGGCGUCGGCGUCGCAGAAGGCUACUGGCAGCAAUACUCCAAUCUGGGAUUCGGCAACAGCAAAUACGUCUUCCAUCCAUGCCACCACACAUUCGCAGCUGGGAUUGUCUUCAUGCGCUCGCUGCAGCGAUGCAAAGAAACCAUCUCGGCUUCAUACACGUUGAAUGACGUUGAAGGCUUCAUUGCGUGUUUCUCACGACUAUUUGCAACAAUUGCUGAGCGGUGGCCCGGUGCAUCCCGGUGUCUCGAGGAAUUCGAGAGACUCGUUGCACCGGUGAAGCGGGAAUAUAUUGAUUACACCGUGCAGAAGGCGAGGAAUAUAUCUCAAGAUCCUCUAUAUGACGGCGUAACGUUUGAGGCUGAUCCGACCCUCAUCUCUGAACGGCAGCUGGAUAACGCCAACUUCGAGCCACUCUUUGCCCCGGGGAUAUGGGAUCAGGAAUCGGCUGGUGCCUAUACUGUGCCCAUGGAUUGGACUGCCGAGUUUGGGUUUAGCCUAGAGUAG